AUUUGACGGCUUUUUCAGUGUUUCAUUCGUUUUUGUGUUAUAAAAUGCUUUUUCAAUCUUAUAAGUGAUGUUUGGUGUAUUAAUACGUUGUAUGUGUUGUGUGUGUGUGUGUGUGUGAAAAACUAUUCACGUGCCUACAGCAAUAGAGGAAUAAACGAAUUUUAUAGUUUAUUCUUGGAAUAUCACUGUCAUUUAUUUGCAGGUGAUACCUAUAAAAAAGAAGAAGAAAAAGUAUUCUAAUUGUUGUUACGAUUUGUAAUAUGAAUAUAAGUGUAUAAAAAUGAUCGAACCUUUGAGUUUUAUUCCUUCGAGAGCCUCACAAAAUAAGAAAGUUGUUAAUUUCGAAAAAGUUGUAUUCGAAUCUUACAAAAGUAAAAAACCAAAAAGUAAAUCUCUCGUAUCCGAAAACAAGGAAGAUAAAGAAGAGAAACGAGAGCUUAAUAUGAAGCAGACUAAACAUGAAAUUAUCAAAUUAGGAAUGUCUGGAUUAGAAGGACAACAAAAAGAAGAAGCUAAGAUAAAUUUACUGAUUAAACUAGGUGCUAAACCUCCUAAAAAUAAAAACAAAAAUUAUAAAUUACUCCAACAGGAAAAAAAGAAAGCGAAAGAAGAAAAAGCGAAACAGAUCGAUUUUUCACAAUUAGGGAAAAAUAAAAUAGGAAAAUCGACUGCUAAAGGAAAAAGCUUUGACCGAAAAAGGAGGAAAGAAAAUUUGUUAUCAGUGUAUGGAAAAGUCAAACGUCAAUAAAACUUUGUAGAAUGUAUAA